AUGAGCGAAGUUGGCAGCACUUCAGUUUACUUUUCCCCCGACACGCCGGCGCCAGAGCCCUCCCUGGAGGACUUCGCCUUUCAGAUCUUCCCGAAAGAGAACUCUGGAGAUUUCUUUUUGCGUUUUUUCGAAUUUAAUUCGCCAAAAGCCUUUGAAGAAGUUCACGUGGACGCAGAAAGCCACACAUUUGCAGCUCUCUGCAGCAGUUUGCAGCCCCCCGGGCUGCUGCUGAGCCUCCACAAGUCGGUCUUUGCUGCAGCAUUUAUGAACGGCUUUAUUGUCUUUCUUUGGCGCCGCAACUGCAGGAGUCUGAGGAGUGUCUUUUUGCACAUCUUUGGCUCCUCUUCGCUCCCAGUUUUCGUCGGCGGAUGUUCUGCAACAAACCUGCUCGAAACGCUCCUUUCUUUUGGCUUGGCAGCGCCUGAGACCCUCGCGAAGAAAAACUUGAAUUGCAUUUUUCCUUUUCUCAUUUGCAUGCAGGAAGCAGCAGCUGCUGCAUGCAGCUUCUGGCCCCAAGAGGCAGCUUCUUUUGCAGAAAAAGCAGAGUUCAACAAAAGACUUUAUGAAGACCUCACUGGCGCCCAGCUUCCCCUUGCGCUGAUCAACAGCAGCAGAAUUCCCCUUUGCUGCAGCACAGGCAGCUCUGCUGCUGCACAGCCUGCUGCUGCUCCCCACAGUCUCAGUUCGGACAGCAGCAGACAGCCACUAGCAGCAGCAGCAGCAGCAGCAGCAGCAGCGCCCCACAACAAACGGGCGAGAACAGCAGCAGCAGCAGCAGAGGGUCUUGCUGUUCUGGCCUCUCCGGCAAAGAGAAAUGGCUCUGUUCAGAAAUAUCAAAUUGGCAGCAGCAGCAGCAGUAGCAGCAGCAGCAGCAGCAGUAGCAGCAGCAGCAGCAGCAGCAGCAAAUUGAAGUACGAGAACUUCUUCAAGAAGGCAAAGGGCGUGCUGCGCUACAGCCUGUCCAGCUGCAAGCGCCUGCUGGUCGCAGCAGUUCAAGUUCCCGAAAUCUGCAUUGCAGCAGAACUCAGUGAAGACACCCAGUUGCUGCUGUGUUUGCAAGAAAUGCAAAUGAAGAAAACGGCGCUGUGGAGCAAAGUUUUGCAAAAAGACCCCGAGGCCGAGUUGGCUGCGGACCUGCAGCAGCAGGCCCGCCUGCUGCUGCAGGCCUUUGUCCUUUCCCACUCUGCAAAGUCUAUGUGGCAAUUUGCUGCAAAUGAAAUUCAACUUUCUUUUCAAGACUUUGCAAAUCAAAGAAGUGCUCUUUCCAAACUCUUUCCCCAAGUGGCAGUCUGGCAGGAAGAAGUUCUCUUGAACUCCUUGGUGGAGCGCAAAGCGAAAGCAAGACAGAAUAAACAACAAGAGGCUGCAGACAGUGACUGCUUUGAAGGGGCCGUUUACGCAGCCAUAAGCAAAACCAAAAGUGACCUCACUCUCCGGAUUCUGUCGGAGACACGGAAGCUGCUGCAGCAGCAGCAGCAGCAGCAGCAGCAGCAGAUAUCGCUGGUUGCUUUCUGGGAAAACGUUUUUGUUGCAGAAGAAAGCUCUGAGCUGCAGCAGGAGAAAGCGCAGCAGCUGGCGGGGUGUAUCAGUCGCGCGUGGCACCAAACAUUCCCCAACAGCAGCGGCGUCUUCACUCUGCAUCAGUUCAUCACUGAUGAUCUUUCGCGCCUUUCUUUGAGCCAUUUGACUUGA